AUGAAUGGCAUCACCUGGGGUUAUGGAACCAGGGGUGGGGGCCAGAGGGUGAAUAUGAGCCAACAGCGUUCCCAGGUGGCCAGGAAGACCAGUGGCAUCCUGUUUCUCCCAGUGACCUGUACGGUCCGUCGUCCCCCCCCCCCGCCCCGGGACACGACGGAAGACGGGCGAAGGUUCAACUUCAAGGUGACGUUGUGGAACGUGGAUGGUCUCAGAGCCUGGGUGAAGAAAGGAGGCCUGGAGUGGGUCCAGGCCGAUGCCCCCGACGUCCUUUGCAUCCAGGAGACCAAAUGUGGGGCCGAGUCGGUGCCAGAGGAGCUGCGGAGCCUCGGGGCCUUCCCUCACCAGCACAGCCCCAGCGACCGGCUCGGCUACAGCGGCGUGGGGCUGCUCAGCAGGACCAAACCCCUGGCUGUCACCUAUGGCAUGGGUGACCCUGAGCUGGACGCCGAGGGCCGCGUGCUGACGGCCGAGUUCCCUGCCCUGCGCGUCGUCUACGUUCCCAACUCCAGGCGAGGCCUGGGCCGCCUGAGCUUCCGGCAGGCCUGGGAUGAGCGCUUCCGCUCCUUCGUGUCCCAGCUGGACCGGUCCAAACCAGUCGCCAUCUGCGGCGACCUCAACGUCGCCCACCAGCCCUUGGACCUGAGGAACCCGUCGGGGAACAAGAGGAGCCCCGGGUUCACGCGGGAGGAGAGGGAGGCGUUCCGGGAGCUGCUGGGGGCGGGCUUCCUCGACAGCUUCCGGGUGUUUAACCCCUCGCUGCCCAACGCCUUCACCUUCUGGACCUACCUGAGCGGGGCCAGGGCCAGGAACGUGGGCUGGAGGCUGGAUUACUGCCUGUGGUCCCAGAGGGGCAGGAAGGAUCUGUGCGACAGCAGGAUCGAGCAGCGGGCCCAGGGCAGCGACCACUGUCCCGUGGGGAUCUACCUGGCGCUGGAGGGGGCAGGCUGA